AUGUUUUCACGGAUUUUUGGUAAACCUAAACAGGAAGCCAAUACUCUAACAACUUUAGACAAAUUAAAUGAGACACUUGAAAUGCUAGAGAAAAAGGAGAAAGUGCUUCUUAAAAAGGCUGGGGCAGAAGUUGAAAGAGCUAAAGAAUUCACAAGGGCCAAGAAUAAAAGGGCGGCAAUACAAUGUUUGAAAAGGAAGAGGCUAUAUGAACAACAAGUAGAGCAGCUUGGAAACUUUCAGUUGCGUAUUCAUGACCAGAUGAUAAUGUUAGAAGGUGCAAAGGCAACCACGGAAACAGUUGACGCAUUGAGAACUGGAGCGGCUACUAUGAAGGCUAUGCAAAAAGCAACGAAUAUUGAUGAUGUUGACAAGACCAUGGAUGAGAUCAAUGAACAGACUGAAAACAUGAAACAGAUUCAGGAAGCAUUGUCAGCUCCAAUUGGCGCAGCUGCUGAUUUUGAUGAGGAUGAAUUGGAAGCAGAACUUGAAGAGCUAGAGGGUGCUGAGUUGGAAGAACAACUUCUUCAGCCCGCAACUACAGCUCCAGCAGCUUCGGUGCAUGUCCCAGCUGGGCGGCAACCUACUCGCCCAGCACAUGCUAAGCCCACUCCAGAGGAGGAUGAAUUGGCAGCUCUGCAAGCUGAGAUGGCACUUUGA